UGCUCGUGCUAGAAAAGGAGGGGACAGAAGCGGAGUCCCCAUGCAGGUUCAAUCUUCUGAGUCCUGCUGGUGGGAGAGCCCGGAUCCCAUGUUCCCCUGCCGCCCCUCUCCAUGCAGUUGGCAGGCAGAGGGAAGCGGUGCUCAGGAGCAAAUCCCCAGAGAGGAGGAAGGGUCCUGGGGAAUCCUUUACCACCACAUAGCCUGGAGAAAGCUCCCAGGUCGGAGAUGGGGAGAGCUUGGAGGGCAAAUCUGGAUGGAGCAGGAGAGAAGAACAUGGGGUUGCAAGGGAGGAACUGCAGGAGAUUGUGGCCACCUUCUCCUUCUCUGCUGGAGGAGACUAAAAUAGGGUUCGAUCCUCAGGAGUUCAAUUCUCUUAGGAGGAUAUACCAUAGAAAUUGGAAUCCAUUUGUAUCACCCUCUGCUGGAGGCAAAAAAUUGGACAGAGAUGGCUGAAAGACUUCCCUGACCUGUAGCUAUAGGAGUGGUACUAUGAAUGGAAAGGUGUUUGGAGAUCCACAAAAUUCCCUGGAUCCAUCUGGAAGACAGAGAAAGAAUGAAAAGCCAAUCUUUAGUGAGGGAGGGAAUUGGAAAAGGCCCUUCUGGUGUUCACCCUGGGAGCUAUGAAGAGAUCUGGGCAAGAACUGGGCAGAAGAUCUUGGAGGAGACAACCACCCUUUCAGAAGUUCAGCCCUGGAACUUCAGGAGCUUCCAAUACAAGGAGGAUGAGGGUCCCCGAGGACUUUGCAGCCGACUCCAUUCCUUUUGUAGUCGAUGGUUGAGACCAGACAAGCACACAAAAGCGCAGAUGCUGGACCUGAUUGUUUUGGAGCAGUUCCUGGCACUUCUGCCCCUGCAGAUGGAGAGCUGGGUACGAGAGUGUGGAGCAGAGACCAGCUCCCAGGCAAUGGCCCUGGUGGAAGGCUUCCUCCUGAGCCAGGUGAUGGAGCAGAAGGAGAGGAUUGACUGGCAGUCCUUCAUGGUUGAGAUCAGAAAUCCUGAGAGAAGGAUGCAUCCAUCAAGUUCAUCUCUGGAAAUGUUUUUCAGGAGGAUCUCUCAGGAUAAUCCAAAUCAAAAAACAACCAGAGGGAAGAAUAGAAGGAAGUUGGCUCUUCCUGAAUGUGGAGCUGAAACAGUGGUUGAAACUCCAGUUCAAGAGGGCCUUGUCUCCUUUGAGGAGGUGGCUGUGUAUUUCUCCGAGGAGGAAUGGUCUGAGCUGGAUCCUGACCAAAAAGCUCUGCAUUGGGAAGUCAUGCUGGAAAAUUAUAAGAAUGUGGCCUCUCUUGGUGAUUUUGAGCAGGACUAUAAAGAGUCAACAGAAUCAUUCGCAAUACUCAGACAUGGAGACGUAAUGAAGAAGCCUCCAAUUCAAAUGGAAUUCCAAAGGCAGGAGAGAAACCCGUCAAAUAAUUGGAAUAAGGAAAGCUCAUCUUUCAUUGAGGCUCGCAUACAGGAGUUUCUUGAGGAAGGCGGAAAAAUAGAGAAAAAAUAUAUGGGGAAAAGUGUUAAACUCUCCAAAGACACAUUAAAGGUAAAUGAACACUAUCCAUCCACAUCCAAAGGACAAGAUUAUAUAUGCAAAGACAAUGGAAAAAGUUACAAUUGGACUUUCCCAUUUUCUCAAGGAAAGGGGUCUCUAACAUCACAUAAAAGUCUUCCCAUCGGGGAGGAUCCGGAGAAAGGCAUGGAGAAUGGAAAGAGCUUCUGUGAAAGGAAGGCACUUACUUCUCAGGAAAGGAACCACAAGGAAAAGCCAUAUAAAUGCAUGGACUGUGGGACGGAAUUCCAUAAAGUUGCAUCCCUUGUGAGACAUAAGAUAAUUCACACAGGUGAUGCGCCAUAUAAAUGCAUAGAGUGUGGAAAGGGCUUCAGCAAAGAGAGUAACCUUACAUCCCAUCAAAGGAUCCACACAGGAGAGAAGCCCUAUAAAUGCACAGAGUGUGGAAAGACCUUUAGACGCAACAACAAUCUUACCAUCCAUAAAAGAAUCCACACUGGGGAGAAACCAUACAAAUGCAUGGAGUGUGGAAAGAGCUUCAGCCAACCCAGUGGCCUUAUUUUUCAUCAAAGGACCCACACAGGGGAGAAACCAUAUAAAUGCAUGGAAUGUGGAAAGUCUUUUAGUCGGAGGAGUCACCUUACUUCCCAUCAAAGGAUCCACACAGGGGAGAAGCCAUUCAAAUGCAUGGAGUGUGGAAAGAACUUUGAUCAACACAGUAAACUUGCUUCCCAUAAAAGGAUCCACAUAGGGGAGAAACCAUACAAAUGCAUGGAAUGUGAAAAAACGUUUAGUCGGAGCACUUUCCUUACUUUCCAUAAAAGGAUUCACACAGGGGAGAAACCAUACAAAUGCAUGGAGUGUGGAAAGACUUUUAGUCGGACCAGUUUACUUACUCUCCAUAAAAGGAUCCACACAGGGGAGAACCUAUUUAAAUGCAUGGAAUGUGGAAAGAGCUACGAUCAACACAGUAAACUUGCUUCCCAUCAAAGGAUCCACACAGGGGAGAAACCAUACAAAUGCAUGGAAUGCGGAAAGUCUUUUAGUCAGAGCAGUUUCCUUACUCUCCAUAAAAGGAUCCACACAGGGGAAAAACCAUAUAAAUGCAUGGAGUGUGGAAAGACUUUUAGUCAGAGGAGUCACCUUACUUCUCAUCAAAGGAUCCACACAGGGGAGAAGCCAUUCAAAUGCAUGGAGUGUGGAAAAAGCUUCAGAAAUCACAGUGGUCUUACUUGCCAUAGAAGGAGCCACACAGGGGAGAAGCCAUACAAAUGCAUGGAGUGUGGAAAGACCUUUAGUCAGAGCACUGCCUUUAAUUCCCAUAAAAGGAUCCAUACAGGGGAGAAGCCAUUUAAAUGCAUGGAAUGUGGAAAGUCUUUUAGUCAGAGGAGUCACCUUACUGGUCAUAAAAGGAUCCACACAAGGGGGAAGCCAAGAUAAAUGCAUGGACCUUGGAGACAGGUUUAGGGGGAGAAAUGAUCUAAUUUCCCAUACAGAGAUAAGCUUGGGUGGGAAAGUACAUUAAUACUACCAUAUUUCCCUGAAAAUAAGACCCUGUCUUACAUUUUUUUGAACCCUGAAAUAAGCACUUGGCCUUAUUGCCAUGCACUCAAAAGCCCGUUUGGGCUUAUUAUCAGGGAAUGUCUUAUUUGGGGGGAAAUGGGAUAGAAAGUUAGCUACAUUUAUGAAUUUACCUAUUUAUAGAGACUGAGCUUGCAAAAGAAUUUUUUCUUACCUUGACCCUUCCAAUUGGCUGACCGAUGGAUAUGAAUUUACCAAUGAAAAUAAAAACAAUGGGCAAUGCCAUUUUAAUUAUGACCUGGAUUAUUGAAGAUAUAUGUAAGUACGAUUUAUUUUAUUUUCCUACUCCCUUCUUGUUUGUUCUUCCCACUUGAUCACACUCAACAGGAUUUAAAUUCCCCUUCUUUUUCUUAAGUUUCAAUUGUUUCCCCUUCUUUUGUCAUUCAUUAACAGACACUCAGAGUACUUUUCUUUGUCCUCAGAAAAAUUGGAAAAGGUGUAGCAGAGAGAUUCUAGGCUUUAAAACAUAGGUUUAUAAUCCAAAGAGAAUUCACGUUCCAUCAAAGUUUAGUGUGAGGUGGAAUUUGAAAUUGAGUUGUCCAAUUGAGUAAUUGUGAUAUUGCAUUAACAGUGACGUGAGGGAUCUAGUGGCUCAGUGGCUAAGACGCUGAGCUUGUCGAUCGAAAGAUCGGCAGUUCAGCGGUUCAAAUCCCUAGUACUGCAUAAUGGGGUGAGCUCCCGUUACUUGUCUCAGUUUCUGCCAACCUAGUUCACAGAAGUUCAAAAGCAUGUAAAAAAUGCAAAUAGAAAAAUAGGGACCACCUUUGAAGGGAAGGUAACAGUAUUACCUUUGGCGUUUAGUCAUGCCGGCCACAUGACCACAGAGACAUCUUCGGACAGUGCUGGCUCUUUGGCUUUGAAACGGAGAUGAGCACUGCCCCCUAGAGUCGGGAACGACUAGCAUAUAUGUGCAAGGGGAAGCUUUAUCUUUUAUUAACAGUGACAAAUUAGAGAUUUUCUACUUUGAAUUUUUCAUGAAUUUUUCUCCCUCUCUUUGGGUCCCAAGUUAGGAAUACUCACUAAAAUAACAAAGUGAUGCCACUAUGCUGACAUUGCAAAUGAUCAAGCAAAUAUGAUGACAAUUGCAAAUCAGUGGGACCAAAAUAAAUAAGCUUGAGUUUAAAAAAAAAACAUUUCAAAAAACUACUUCUGACCACAAAUGAGAUGGGGAGCUACCUCUGUGAUGCAAAGAAUUCCAAAAAAGACUCAAAGUUGCAACCACGGUGUAGAACUGUGACCUGAGCCAGGUACUAUGUAUGGAGAAGCAUGGAGCCUUCUUUAGUGAAAGGCCUCAUAAUCUGAGGGAAUUAUCACAUGCACAUCAAUGUACAGUGCGUGAAAAGAGCUGAAGGAAUGAAGGAUUCCUCUCUCUCUAAAGGACCAAGAAGCCCCCACCGCCAAAUGCAUGUGCAAAAUCUUUUUUCAAGUAACACAGCCAUAUUUUACUCUUCUAAAGUGUGAUGAAGACUAAGAAGUCGUCUAAAUUUGAUUUAAAUAAAAUUAAGUAUCAGUGGUAUAGUUAUUAUCUAGUCAUGCAUGAAGCUUUUUUCCUCUUUAGUUGCAUUAAAAAUAUAGUAACAUUCAAAUAUCUGGAAGUAUUUUGAGUGGGGGCAUGGUCAGAAUUUGGUUUGAAUUUGUUUAUUCAGGAUUUUGCUCAUUUUGAGGCCUUGAAUCUCUAGAGAUCCUUCAGAGUGGCUGUUUUUGAGGGAAGUGAGUUCAGAAAUUUUCUUAAUAUUCACAACAUCACAAAUGAGCAGGGGGCUGGACUAGAAGACCUCCAAAAUCCCUUCCAGCUCUGUUCUGAUUCCAUCUAGAAACUUCAAUGUGCUGGAGAGUCAGUGUACCACUGACUUUCUUAAGUAGACUAUUUUUAGAAUAUUUUGCUUAUUUUCUUUCACUGGUUGUUCUUAAUUUAUAAUGCCUUGGGAACACUUUGAAAUCUUUUUGAUAUUGAACAUUGCGUAAAGAUUAUUUAUUUGGUAUGCUGUAUAUUGGCCAUGAGGUCACUGAGGUUUAUUAAGAAUUAGAGAACACUAAUCAAGUAUUUUUAGAACUACAUAUCAAGCAAAAUAGAGAGAGGAAAGGAAGAGAAGUGAGGGAGGGAGAGGGAAAGAGAGAAAGAGGAAGAAAGAAAGAAAAAGGAAGGAAGGAAGAAAAGAAAAAGAAAGACAGACAGAAGAGAACCAGGAUUUUAAUGUCCAACUUUUUAUGGAAAGUUUUGAGUAGAAAAUGUUUUUGAAUUUACAAACCACAAAAAGUGUUUAAUAAAAUUGAUCCAAUGGCUAAAAAUUUAAGUGAAAGACUGCGCCAAAAACCUGAAUAAUUUGCAACAGGGUUAAACUGAGUGAAGGAAGAUGUUACAAAUAUUCAUAUAAAAGCAGAAAAGUUAGAUGUGCAAAUGGGUGCAAUUGCAGCCAAUUUAUUACUAUUGGAUUUGAAGGAGUAAGAAUUUAUCUGAGAAUCAGGUUUGCCAAAAAUGUGGAAAAAGGCACUAACAUAAAAUAAUUAAUUGUAAUAUGACCACUAGAUUUCUUAUGUUUAUAAAAUACUACCUGAGGAUGAACAUGUUAAAGACAGUAUGGUGAAAUGGGAGAAAAAUGGAGAGAGCACGCAGCACUGAGGGGCACCUAUGCUAAUUGCUUGGGUACUAGAUGUAAUUUUCCCAAAUUACACCUGUUGCUUCCUAGCUAUCAAAAGGCUGAUUAUCCACUUAAAAGUAUCAACAGGCAUAUUGAGCUGAAUCAGUUUAGAGUGAAGAAUUUAUGGAGUGUUGGUAUGCUGAACUGGAGUGUACAAAAAGGACCCUUGCAUAGGUCCCUGGGAAUUUAAUAUAUUGCAGGAUGUAAUGCAAUGUUGCAUUGACAGCGUCAUCUGCCGAUCUAUUUGCUCAUUAGACAACCUGCAAGCGGUCUAUCGGUGGGUCUGUGACGAUUUUCAGGUAACCUCUCAAAAGUCUUCAUGACUACAGAUGUCAGAGCCACUGGCCUGGUCACAGUUGGUCACUUGUUCGGCCCAAGCUUUCAAGCAAGAGGGAGUCACUCUGUCUGUACUUUUCCAAUCUUUUGUCUAUAAAAUAGACAUUGCACAUCUUUUCCUGAGCUCACCAGAUGUUGGGGGGGGCUGAGGGAUGGAGAUAGGUGUAGGGAAAUUAGCUACUGUUAGUAUGUUUGAGUUGGAGUAGGUAACAGUGGAAAACAGUGAUCUCCUCUCAAACUUAAGAGUAGAACACAUUCAGGUCAUCUGCCAGUUGACGAGUCUCUUCAGUAAGGCAGGGAGAUCUGCUCUUCUUCAGCCUUUUCCAUGGGCAAACCAGUAGUGAUAAAAUCUGCUGUAGCCAAGGAUGUUGUUCAGGCUUUUCCAUGCAGUUGCAGGUUCAUUAGCUGAGAACUGAUUUUUCAGUUUUUCAGAGUAGCUUCUCUUUCCCACCUUGUCAAUAGUUCCUGGCCUGAUUAUACGAGAUCCUAUCUCCUUUCCUGUAGGCCUCCUCUUUGGCACAACAAAAGUGCUUAAGCUUUGCCAUACACCAAAGAUGAUUGUUGUGAUACGUGCACAAGCUCUGGUAGGUAUAUAAUUGUCUUCAGAAAAGCUAAUACAUGAUGUCACAAUGUCAGUAAAUUCAUCCAAGUCCACUGAAGCAGCUUCAAGAACACUCCAAUCUGUGCAAUCGAAGCAAGCGUGUAGCUCUAACUUGGUCUCCUCGGUCCAUCCCUUCACUAUUCUUACUACAGGCUUUGCAGUUUUGAGUUACUGCCCAUAGCUGCACAAGGGAAAGAGCAGUAACAACCUUUUAAUGUGGAAUAGGAGUGAUCCACUAUGUUGUUGUCUCUAAUGAGACAGCUAACGUGCUGUAUAUUAUAUGGACAACUCAUGAGUGAGGUGGCUCUGUUAAAAUCUGCUAAGACAAUUAAGUAGGGAGUUUCGAUAUUUCCUUUCUCUACAUAGUACUGUAUCUGGGCACCUAGAAUCUACAGUGCGCUGCUUGUGCAAACCUAUAUAAGCCCCAACCAAGAUAAAUGAGGUAAACUCUUGCAGAGCAUAAAAAGGUUAGAGCUGAUGAAUAAUGUUAAUAAUUACUAUGUUUCCCUGAAAAUAAGACCGGGUCUUAUAUUUUUGGGGCCCCUAGAAGAGCUUAUUUUCUGCGAAACACGGGAAACACAGGCAAGCCAAGAGAUAGUGGGACAGAUUGACACCUGAUUGUUUUAUCAGUGUGUAUGUCCUGCUAUCUGCCAUGGGAAGGUGGGUGUUAUUACCAGUGCCCAUUUGAUGGUCUAUUUCAAACAGGCGUUAAUUAAGUGUAACUUUCCUUGCUCAUCACCAAAUGACAGUAAGCAAUUGAGGGUAAAUUUUGGGAGAAAGGGCUCGUAAAUGGUUUCUGGCUUCUAAUCUCAGUAGAGCUAUAGGAAUCUAUAGAGAAACAUGUCAGAUUCAAUCACUAGAGUAAUAUAUUCUAGUUUCCAUCUUCAACAUUCCAGUAUAUAGUGUAUAGUGAAGCAUUAGAACAGGGGUGUCAAACUCAAUUUCAUUGAGGAUUGCAUCAGAGUUGUGUGUGACUUCGGAGGGUCGGGUGAUGGUGGCUGGUGGUGGGCCAGGUCAUGGAUGGUGUGUCCAUGGUGGGCAUUUGACUCAGGCUCAAGAUGCGUUUUUCCCCUUCUUUCUUUCCACAGUUCUUUACUAUAAUCAUUUUCCUAUCUCUUCUAUCAGAUAUUACGGGCAAAAAUUUAUGACUUAUUCUUCAUACUGCACUAAUUUUUUUAUUUCUAAAUUUAUUAUUAUUAUUGUUAUUUAUUAAAUUUUUAUCCCGCCCUUCUCCCAAAGGACUCAGGGCGGUGUACAGCCAAAAGAUAAAAAACACAAAAAUGUACAAUUAAAACGACAAUUUAAAACCGAGCAUAUUAGAAAAAAUGGCCAACAUUUAAAAGUUUAAAAUUUAAAAUUAUAAACCAUAUAAUAAUAAAACCCCAGUUAAAAUUUAAAAUAUUAAAAAAUAUUAAAAAUAUUAUGCCAGUCCCGCUUGAAUAAAUAAGUGCGUUUUACCCUAUUGUUUAAUACUAAAUUGCUUUUCCAGGCAGAAAAGCUAAUUAUACAAUUGUAUUUUUAUUAUUCAACUAAUAAUAAAAAUACAAUGGCAUCAAUAACAUGAUAAUGCAAUAUCAAAUAGCAGAGUAAAUUUCCAAGAUAGUAAACAGAAAUGGCUGUCAAUUAUAGAUUGUUGAUUAAAUUGAUCUACAGUAUGUAAAAUCUGGCAUUAAACUGUAGUAUUAACGUAGGAUGUUGCUAGUUUUCUAUCCAGAUGAGGUACUUACUUGAGGCCACAUAAUUGUAAUACAGUCCAAUCCAGUCCUCCUGGAGCAAUCUGCCAGCCAAAAGCAUGCGGCCCGUUUUUGCUCAGCAGACUGUCUCUGGAGGCUGGGGAGACCAGAAACAGGCAGUGAAGGGGCCUCGUGGGGCCUUCAUGUGGCCUGUUUUUGGCUGGCAAAGUGCUGCUGGAGGCCAAAAACGGGCCACGGGAGGGGGAUCCUGCACUAACAUUGAAGCCAAAACACGGCACAGAGGGCCACGCGCGCCCCCCCUGCACAUGUGUGUGCAUGGCCCCCACAUGCACUCCGCCCCCACAUGCAUGCGUGGAAGAGGCCUGAAGACCAGCUGGCCAGCGGAACAUGCACUUAUGUAAGAAAAACAAAUACAGUAGUACCAUGAUGGUAAACCUUUGAUGUGCCCGUGUGCUGGCCUGCAUGCCGGAAGUGGCACGUGAAAUCAUCCCGCAAGGAAUGCGCAGCCCUGUUGGCCUUCGCGCAUGCAGGAGCGCCGAUAUCUGGAAGAGCGGUGGUCCAUUGCGCAUGCAUCAGCCAGCACCCAAACACCUGGAUACUGGCAUAGAAGUGUGCCCGAUGAACAACUGGCCAUCGCGCAUACCCGCAAUGUCAACCCAGAAGGUCGGGUGCUGGCCUGUGCAUGUGUCCCGGAACACCGUUCUUCUGAGUUUCGCCACUCCCACGCGCGCAAUGGCCAGCUGACUGGCGCACGUGUGGUCAGAGGAACGCGGGAUAGGAGCCAGCGAGGUCGCACAUUCUUCACGGGAUGAUUUCACGUGCCACUUCCAGCAUGCGUGCCAUAGGUUCGCCGACACUGCACUAGUACAUAAUAGGUGUAUCUGGCUCAACAGCAGUAACUGAGAGAAAUCUAAGAGUCCUAUAGACAAUUACUUAAAGAUGAGCCAGCAAUGUGUUGCAGCUGCUAAAAAAGCCAAUGCUAGGGUGUGUAGGAAGUUAGCAACCACCACUCUUCUAGAAGAAUGAAAUAUUCUAGGAAAUAUUAAAAAGGCAGAAUAUUAAAUUUCCCUGGAUGAGAAAGGGAAAACCAUGAUUUUUAGGCAGGAAACAGACUCAGUCUUAAGAGACACCCAAGCAGACUCAGUCUUAAGAGACCCUCGAUAGCCCACAGCAGAUGUCAGCACUCAAAGAGAUAAAGAGAUAGCUAGGUCUAUUCAUAAGCAAAUGCCCUCACCCAAGAUCCAAUAAAGGUAGGAUUAGCCCUCAGUCAUGAUAGGAAUUGGUCAAAACCCUCUUCAUUACAUCAUCACCCAGCAAGAUUCAACCAGGCCUGGGACUCAAAAUACAAUCUACAAAGUUACCCCUGCAUGGCCCCAUGGGAGUCUGACAAACAAUCAAAAUACAAGCUCAAAUUCAAAGCUCAACAGAGAGUAUAAAUCAAUCUAUCUAUCUAUCUUUCCUUCCUUCCCUCCCUCCCUCCCUCCCUCCCCCCACCUCUCUCCCAUGAGCUUUUUUGCCCAGGAUCUCAAAUCAUGUGGUCCUGUUUACCAUUAAACCAUCUUUUCAAGCAGUCUCCAUGUUUCCACUGUCUUUCUCCCCACUUGGAAGUCAACCCAGAUGGACAUUUCUUCCAACAGAUGCAUCAAUAGAGGGAUAGUAUCAAGAUCUCAUAAAGUGUUAGUCCAGCUUUGUACUGCACUGCUAAGACUACAUUUGGAACACUGCAUCUACUUAUGAACACCAUGAUACAAAAAAGAUGUUGAAACGCUAGAAAGAGUACAGAGAAGAACAACAAAAAUGAUUAGGGGACAGGAGAUAAAACAUAUAAAGACCUGUUGCAGGAACUGGGCAGGUCUACUCUAAUGAAGAGAAGGACUAGGGAUGAUAUAACAUGUGGCUUUCAAUACAGACAAAUUCAACCUAUUCUCCAAAGAAUCUCUGAUGGGAUAAGAAGAAAUGGAUGAAAAUCUAUCAAAGAGAUAUCCAGCCUAGAAUGAAGGAGAAAUUUCCUGACAGAACAAUUAACUAGUGGAACAAUUUGUCUCCAGAAGUUAUGGGUGCUCCAUCCCAGCAGGUUUUCAGGAAGAGAUUGGACAGGCAUUUGUCUGCAAUGGUAUAAGACCUCCGAGAUCUCUUCCAAGUACAUUACUCUGGAUUCUGUAUUUUGACUCUCUUGAGUAAGAAGAAUUGUACUUCUUGUCUGUUCUUUUGCCCCCUCUAUGAAGGGAUGAUGAAGCUUCCUAUAGAACUCUUCCUAAAAGUGGAAGGCUGCACGUGGGUGUGACACUGUCAGAAGCAAUUGGAUAAAGAAGGGUUAUUGAUGGGGGGGAAACAGGUUCCUCCUUUCUGGGCCCUGAUGGAAAAUGCACCGUUUCCACUAUUUGCAUAAGCACCUUCCGUGCACACUAGAACCCACCAGGUGAGUACCUCUAAAAAGAGAACCGUGAAGCGUGCGAUUCACCAUUCGGCCACUGGAGGGCGAACGCCAGAGGUGAUUUACCAUAGGAGAAUGGGAGGGAAGUGACCUCACUGGAUCUGACGCGGCUCUCCGUCUCUUUUUGCAGCCUUUGAGCUUCGCAGGUUUAAG